AUUAAUAAUAAUCAUCAAUAUGCUAUCAAGAAAGAAAGGCUUCAAGAUGAUUGGAUUUCCAUAUUCGGAAAUAUCGUGGACAAGAAAUAGAGAUUAUUAGAUACAAUUGUUGGCAAUGGAUGUUAAGGAGGCAGAAAGGACGGUUAUUGCUAAGCCGGUUGCUUCAAGGCCUUCUUCUUCCAGCUUCAGAUCUUUCACAGAGCUCCUUGCAGGCGCCAUUAAUGCCACGCCGUCUAACACGUCUUCUGAGACUGCAGUUCCUGCCAUUAGGCCAAAGACAGUGAGGUUUAAGCCAGUGGUGCACCGGACAGCCGCUGGGUUGAUUUCGUCUCAGGUGGAGAUUUCUGGUGCUGCAGUUUGUAAUCCAUCUGAUAAGAGUUCUAAACCGGAUGGAAAAUUGACUGUGGUGCACAAACCGUUGGCAAAGGUUGUGUCAAAGACGACUGUUUCUCUCUUGGCAAAUAUGGGAAACUUCAAUAACACUAAUCAGCCAAUACAAUCAUCAUUUGAGCCCCAAGUUCAAUACCCAUAUCAAGAUAAACAUACUUUCAGAUCCCAGAUGAGCUCAAGUCCACAUCAGAAUUUUCCUUCAAGAGCUGAAACAAGUCAGAGAACCGAGACCUCAAAGAUGGUGUCCACGUCAGAGAACCACGAGGAGGAUCUGAGGUCUCUACCAUCCAUGGGAAUUGGUGAUAGGCCUUCUUAUGAUGGGUACAAUUGGAGAAAAUAUGGGCAGAAGCAAGUGAAAGGAAGCGAGUUUCCUCGGAGUUACUACAAGUGCACGCAUCCAAAUUGUCCGGUGAAGAAGAAAGUUGAGAGGUCUUUGGAUGGACAGAUUGCAGAAAUUGUCUACAAGGGUGAGCACAACCACUCCAAGCCUCAGCCUCCGAAGCGCGGCUCACAUGGGACACAAGGAUUAGGACUAGGAUCUGAUACCACUGGUCAAGAUACCAAUAGCCAGUUAUGGAAUAGUCAACUUAAUGAGAGGAUUGAAGGUUUUGAAGGAAGACUUGACAAUCAGAAUGAAACUUUGUCACUACAGUCUUAUCAAAGUAGAGCUCAACAACCUCAUGAUUCUCUUCCAACUGUAGCAGAUAACUCUCGUGGUCCUAGUGUUGAACCCGAGGAAGAAAGCAAGGGGCUUGAAGCAGAAGAUGAUGAACCCAAAAGUAAAAGAAGAAAAGGUGAGAAUCAAUCCAGUGAAGCAGGCACAUCAGGGGAAGCCAUGCAAGAGUCCCAAGUUGUGGUGCAGAAUUCUAGUGAUCCUGAGAUCUCAGGUGAUGGCUUUCGCUGGAGGAAAUAUGGGCAGAAGGUUGUAAAGGGCAGUCCAUAUCCCAGAAGUUACUACAGGUGCACGAGUCUGAAAUGCAACGUGAGGAAGCACGUGGAAAGAGCAUCAGACGACCCAAGGGCUUUCAUCACAACAUAUGAAGGAAGACACAACCAUGACAUGCCAAUCAGGAACCACACCCAAAUCCAAUGUCCUCUCACCCGGGCUCACAGGCCCCUCCUAGUAAAGACAGACCACAUGAUUGACACUUUGGAACACACAACUUUAGCCAACUCAUAGUUUUUAAUCUGAAAAAAAAAAAAUUAAGAAUGUCAGAUUGGAUAAAAGGGGUAUCACAAGAAUGCCGUAUUGGGUAAAAAUGUUCAGAACACAACCAGUGUUAAGUACCACAACUAAUAGAUGUCGAGAUUUACAUUUUAUUAGUGUAUGGUGCUCAGCACUACUGGUGUCUCUUAACAUUGUUUUUAUGAUAGCCACCUUAAUUCAAAAAUCUCAUCUGUGAAGAUUAGGUUAAUCAUUAAUGUCAUUACUGGUUAUCAUUAAUGAUAAAUUUUUAAGGUAUAACAUACAAUAAUAU